CGGACCCCCUCAGGGCGAGACCGUCUAGCUCGCGGCUUCAAGGUUCCUUCACGGUGGCCUCAGCUUUACCCCCCGGGCACUGGGUGCCCCGCUCCGUGCUGCUGCAGAGGCGGGGGAGCGCCCCAAGGCCCGAGGGAGACUCGGGGAGGACCGCGGACCGCCUCCCGGUUGGCGUGCCCUGCGGGCCCCAGGGUAGCACGCCCGCGGCUCCCCGGCCGCAGGGCUUUGUCUCUCUCGGGCUCCCGUCCGCCCGUCCGUCCCCCGCGCCCCCAUUGGCCGCGGCCCCAGCCGGGGACGGGAGAGGAGGGAGCGAGUGGGCGGGGCCGCGUGGCGUCAGCGCAAGAUGGCGGCCUCGGCGGCGCUGUUCCUGCGCUUGUGGAGCGAGCUGCGGCUCGGCGCGCGGGGGCUGUGCGCAAGGCUAGCGACGCCGCCCCCUCGGACCCCGGACCAGGCCACAGAGAUUGGGAGCCGCACGGGCACUAAGGCCCAGGCUCCGGGUCCACAGCAGCAGCGAGGCACAGAGGGUCCCAGCUACGCCAAAAAAGUCGCACUCUGGCUUGCUGGGCUGCUCGGGGCCGGUGGGACUGUGAGCGUCAUCUAUAUCUUCGGAAACAACUCUGUGGAUGAAACUGGCGCCAAGAUUCCCGAUGAAUUCGACAAUGAUCCAAUUCUGAUACAGCAGUUGCGCCGGACUUACAAAUAUUUCAAAGACUAUAGACAGAUGAUCAUUGAGCCCACCAGUCCCUGUCUCCUCCCUGACCCUCUGAAGGAGCCAUAUUACCAGCCACCCUACACACUGGUCUUGGAGCUAACUGGCGUCCUCCUGCACCCUGAGUGGUCGCUGGCCACUGGCUGGAGGUUUAAGAAGCGUCCAGGCAUCGAGACCUUAUUCCAGCAGCUCGCCCCUUUGUAUGAAAUCGUCAUCUUUACGUCAGAGACUGGCAUGACUGCAUUCCCACUCAUCGACAGCGUGGACCCUCAUGGCUUCAUCUCCUACCGCCUGUUCCGGGAUGCCACAAGAUACAUGGAUGGGCACCAUGUCAAGGACAUUUCGUGUUUGAAUCGGGACCCUGCCCGCGUAGUAGUCGUGGACUGCAAGAAGGAAGCCUUCCGCCUGCAGCCCUACAAUGGCGUUGCUCUGCGGCCCUGGGAUGGCAACUCUGAUGACCGGGUCUUAUUGGACCUGUCUGCCUUCCUCAAGACCAUUGCACUGAACCGCGUAGAAGAUGUCCGGACUGUGCUAGAGCAUUACGCCCUGGAGGAUGACCCACUGGAGGCUUUCAAACAGCGGCAGAGCCGGCUAGAGCAGGAGGAACAGCAGCGCCUGGCCGAGCUCUCCAAGUCCAGCAAGCAGAACCUUUUCUUUGGCUCUCUGACCAACCGCUUAUGGCCUCGCUCCAAACAGCCCUGACUUCUGAGGCUCUGCAGACUCACUGCCUAGGUCCUGGGCCCUAGGCCCCAGUGCUCCCAGACCAUGGCUCGGGCAGCCACAUCCAAUAAAGUCCAUCCCAGAUGCCACA